AGUAGCUAUUAAGAUAAAGGGUUUAAUUAUGAUUAAUACAUAAUAUAUAUGACAUAAAAAAGUAGAUAUAGAUAACAGGUGAAAGGGGUGUUAAGGCUAUUUUUGUUAAUUAAGUUAAAUAAUUUCUUUUUCUUUCCUUCCUAUCCUAUCAGAUUCUUUUAAUAGGUCAUUUCUUUUCCCACCCCAUCAAUUUUUCCUUCCUUUCUUCUCAUUUCAUUUGGAGUUCCGAGGCCUCCCUCACUCAGAAUGCGUUCCACAGGAUGUGGGAACUUAUGGGGGUGCGCAUUUGGCAUUUGUUCUGGAACACACCUUCCGGAACUGCGGUGUUCCUGUUCUGCCCUUUCAGGGCGAAUCAAAGGCUCUUUAGAUGGAACACAUUUCACGCGGCAACAGGAGCCUCGUCAGAUUCUAUUUGUAGUUUACUAACGUCCAACGUUCAUUGGGGAACCGAGCCAGAAAAAGAGCAGCAAAGCAAUGGUGUUCAGUCCUCCAUUACCAUCUACCAAUAGUGACAACGGUGGGAAGGGUACCUCAUCUUUGAAGGGCAUGGACAUGGACAGGGCUUGGGGCGGUUGCCUUCCAUUCAUCCAAGGGGUGGCGGAACAUUAUCUGCAACCAUUUUAUGUAGCAGAUAUCCAGCCACUGCAGUGCAUGGUCUACCGCAACUGUAACCUGAUUUUUCUCUAAACAAUGCUGGCUGACCGUCCUCUAGUGCACAAGCUUUUGGAUUUCUAUUCGUCUUUGAUGCACCGUGCCAGUCAGUGACGUCGGGUUUCUGUCGUUAAUGUUGUCGAUCUGUUUGGCAAGAGCUGCUCGGCACUCUUUCUUUUUCUUUUUCUGUUCUUGAGAUGAUACAAGGUAUCAAUUUGUCGGGAUACAAGAUGUCAAUUUGGCAACAGCUGUCCUUCUUUCUGUAGUUGAGAACUCAUUAAUCUGCUUCAGCGUGAGUUUAUCUCACUGAAUAGAUGUCGAUUUCGUAAGAACUAAAAAUCGACAAUUUCUUUCAGUGUCUUAAGGGGAGUCAUCAAAAUGUACAAGUAAUCAAGCCAGGAUGCAACUUUUUGAAGGGAGGAGAUGGCACCAGCAUGGCUAAAUUUUGAAAAGAGGCUUCAACAACAGUUGAAUCUUAGACUGUAAAUCUCAAAGCAGCUGCAGAAUUUUUGCUAAGUUACAUUGCACCCUGCUGGAUAAUCGCUCCACAAGUCUUGGUUGCUCGAGAAUCAGAGCCUUAAAGGUUUCAAACAGCCGGGUGAUAUAGAGAGGUGGAUGAUCCUAAAUGCUGGCGAGCAGUAUUCUGCAGAGAUGUGACUGAAGUUAAGCCUUUGAUUUCUGUUCGUUAUAACAGUUCCAGUGAAUGGAGCAUGUGUUCCACACUCCCAAUGGUCCCCGAAGCUAGAGGGCUCUGUCCUUAAUGCAAUCUGUUGGUUUCUUCUUUUUGCUUCUGCUACUCCGUUGAAGCUUGGCUAUCUGCUGAAGAAAAUAUUUGUGGAGACAGGAGGUGGUGGUGACCCACCAGCGGAAAGAGACUCUAUCACGCAGAGGACCCUUCUGAAAAGGCUAUGGGGAGACAAUGGUGAGCAACGACCGCUUCAGCUCACGCACCAAAUGCCAGUGUCAUCACGAGGGCUUCCCUCCCUCUUCAUUGUCAUCCUCUUAUAAGCUCACUCAUUUUAUCUGCUCUUCAAGAAGGCGACGGCAAUGGCGGGAUUAUCGAAUUACGUGCUUGCGCUGGUGACUGUUUUUAGCUUCUUAUUCUCCCAGCCGGUCUAUGGUGGUGGCUGUGAAGAGGAGGUCAUAAAGAAUCAUGCUGCGAGGAAUCUACGAUGCACAGAAGCUCUUCUUCUUCGACAUUCGGCCAGGGAAGCUCACGAUGGGCGUUGUACGUGCUUGUCUGCUGCCAUCGACCAUGCUCGCGAGGCGCAGCGCCUCGCACUUCCCUCGAGAUAUGAAGAAGUUCUGAGCAGUGUGGGGCGUCUGGUGGAUUGCGUUUGCUUGCAAAUUGAGCAAAAUGCUUCUAUUGGUGCACCACCACCAGGACGUGCUCUCAGUGACUCUUUCAACCAAGCGUGCCAUCAAGCUCGACUGUCCUUCACCGUCAUUAGAAACCUGCUCGUCCACUGCAACCCGCAUAAGGCAAGCAGCAGGAGCAGCGGCGGCGAAGAAGGGAACUACCAUUCUUCAUCUCCCCUCCUCCCCAGAAAGAAGCUAAAACAAGUUGGCAGCUGCGUGGCCGACGGGACCAAAUGCCAGUUCCUCCCCUGCGCCAAGUGGAAAAAGCUCCCGCGCUGCGCCGUGGGGUUCGCUUCCUCCGUCACGGGAGGCGCCGCAGGUCCUUACUUCACGGUGACCGAUCCGAGCGACGACCCACUGAGCCCGAGGCCGGGAACCCUGCGUCACGCGAUCGAGGCGGCGGGAAAGAGCCCCGGUGGCGGAUGGAUCAGAUUCGACCGAGCGAUGACGGUGGUGCUAGAGGACAGGGUGUGGAUAGGCUCCAACACGACCAUCGACGGGAGGCAGGCGAACGUGACGAUCGUCCACAAGGGGCUGGUGCUGUACGGGUUGGAGAACGUGAUUCUGGUGAACAUCAAGGUGGUGACGACGGGCGCGAGCGACACGAUUCACAUAUUCCAGGGGGCGAGGAGGGUGUGGAUCGACCACGUGACGAUAGAAGAAGGGGGGCUGGGGCUAGUGACGGUGGCGGGGGGGUCGACGGACGUGACGGUAUCCAACUGUUACCUCAAGGACCGGAAAUUUAGUAUGCUGCUCGGCGCUUCCGACCUUGACCCUUCUGAUAAAAUCCUCAGGGUCACCGUCUACCGGAACUGGUUUGAUAGCUCCGGCGAGAGGAUGCCACAUUGCAGGUGGGGAUAUUGUCAUGUGGCGAACAAUUACUACAAACACUGGAAUUACUACGCAAUAGGGGGCAGAAAAUAUGCAAAGAUACUUUCGGAGGCGAACGUCUUCGAGCCCGGAAUCCGGCAGGAGGUCACGCCGUGGUUCGAGCAAUUCAAAGAUGACCUAACACCAACCAUACAAUCAUCUGACGAUCUCCUGCUCAACAACGCAACCUUUCAUCAGUUCUUGCACAAUCGCACCUUGGAAGAACCUAACAGGAAGUUCUUGAAUUACCAUCUUCCAAUGUCACCCACUCAUGCACUGGUCGACUUAGUGAAGGCGUGUUCCGGCGCCCUGCGGGGGGAAAUUCUGGAAAAAUGUCUUCACUUGCCGUGAACUCCGGACUCAGGUGCAAUAUCAUUACACAAAUUUUGUGCAUUUAUAAUCUAGAGAUCAAUUUCUAACUGUGUUUUUCGAAAUUCUAGCAGUUUGGUUGUGAACUUCAUUGUCCAAAAAAUUAGCUCUUAAUUCACUUCAUUCACAUGUCUAGAUGAGAUUUUAUGUUAUAAUGAAUUUCAGAAGUUAAUUGGAAAUUCGGGAGAAAAUGGAUCAGCAAAAAAAGUUGUGUGAUCCGUAAUUGUAUUGCACCUGAUCUGGUUUUGAGGUGGGAGGCAACCCUCUGUUUCUUGUUCUUUCAAAACCUUUCAACGGUUAUCUACAAUUUCUUUUUCUCUCUAAUUUGUAGCUCAUUGAAUUUGGAUGUAAUUUCUUAAAUUGACAAAAAAGAAAGAAAGUUGCAUGCUUCUCCGGAAAAA